CACAAUGAUCCACAGAUGACUUCAGACAGUUUCCUGGAGAAGGAUCUGAUGGCCGUGUCGACUCAGCAGUCGCUGGAACAGGCCAACAGGCUCAACUGGUGGACAAGCGUGUGUCAGCGACUCUGGCCGUUGUCCACGUCGGGCGAUGGGAACUGUCUACUCCAUGCUGCCUCACUUGGCAUGUGGGGUUUCCACGAUCGACUGUUGACACUGCGCAAGUCGCUGCACGCGUUCCUCUCACAGUCUCCACGCCUGGAAGCACUGUGGCGGCGGUGGAGGCGGCAGCAGAGCGCCCUCAACUCCCAGGCAGGACUGGUUUACUCGGAGGUGGAGUGGAGGAGAGAGUGGAACGCCAUCGUCAGCAUGGCAUCUACCGAGCCUCGCCUGCGGCGGCCCAGCAUAGCCAGUGAUCAUAGCGGAGAAGUAGCGGGAGCAGUUUACGAGAGCCUGGAGGAGAUCCACGUGUUGGCCUUGGCUCACGUUCUGCGCAGACCGAUCAUCGUUGUAGCAGACACCAUGCUUAGGGACAUGAAUGGUGAACCUCUAGCUCCGAUACCAUUCGGUGGAAUCUACUUGCCAUUGGAGUGUUCACCGAGCGAAUGUCACAGAUCUCCGUUGCUGUUGGCUUACGACGGCGGACACUUCAGUGCGCUGGUGGCCAUGGACACCCCGGCAGACUCCACCGUAGUCUUGUCGUCUGCCAUCCCCCUGGUGGACGCCAGCCACGACCUCCUGCCGAUACAGUUCAGUAUAGACCCGGGCGAUAGAGAGGACUAUGGGGAGAAGCUGGAGCUCAGUCAGCCUGACUGUGUCGGACUACUUAAGGAGUACCUGGACGUUCUCACCAUAGAUCUUCAUGAAGGAGAAGGUUUGGCCAAGAACCUGGGCAAGUUGGGCAGCAUCGGCAAGUCUGUGGGCCAGAAGCUGCGGUUGAAACUAACACGUAGUAAUUCGCAGCGGGGUAGCAAGCCAACGGGGAUCCUGUGUGCGCAGCUGCACACUGAUAAGCGCCACGAGUACCACGACGCCAUGAUCAACAACUACCUGCACACAGCACGGCUGCGCUUCAACCAACAGCAGGAUCAGUUGUACAAAGAGGGCAGCAUGGACAUGGCCCCACGGUAUGGUGCCGGCAACUCGCAGUUCUACGCGGAGGCAGACCUGGCGUCACACGAACGUGUCAGUCAGCUCACGCCUGUCAAGGCCGUUACCAACACGGACGAGACGGUCUACCUCUGCAACUCCACGUUCUACCAGCCGAGUGAACUGUGUCGUGCUGCGGGCUGCUCGUUCUUUGGCAACCCACAGACACAGAACUACUGCAGCAAGUGUUUCCGGGAACUGCUGCAGUGUAAAUAGUCGUCAGGUAAGCAAAGUUGAAGUUCCAGAAUGGUCGGAUUCUAAAAGCAAUGAUUUUUUUACUUCUGUCGUGAAAUCCUAAUACACCAUUCGGCAAAGCUUCCUCUUUGCGUGCGUGAAUUGAUUGUACCGUUACAGUUUCAAAGUAUUUAGUAAACUCAGUGAUUCAUUUCAUUUUCGGUAAUCUUUAAGACUAUAUCACAGGUUUUUCCUAACUAAAUUUUACAAUCACAUCUGUGUUUCAACAUCCCUUGUAUACGACUGUACAAGACCAAACAAUUUUACACGUACAUUCAAGAGUGUAGAUUUGACAAUUAACAAUCUGUACAAAUCAUAUUUAAGAUUUUUUUAAAGAGUGAACUUUACUGCUAUACUUAAAUCUUAGCUUGGAUUCUAACGUUAGACUUGCAGUAUGAUAGUUAGCAGAAAUUUAGAUGAAUCGAAUCCUUAAAUUUAGAUUUUUUAAAUUUGCUUAGCAGUUAGUACCAUGUAUGUAUAAGUACAUUUGGUUCACUCAUUGUUAAAUUUUCAUUGAUCGAUUCAAUGUGCUGUUUAUAAUUUAUUUGUUAAUUUAAAUAUAUUACCUCUUUGUAUUGAAAGUUCCACCCACAGCUUUGAGUUAAGUGCAUAAUGUAACAUAUUAACUGUUGUGUGGAAAGAAACAUAAACGUUUAAAUAAAAUCAGAAACCAUGUAGGUUUAAAAAUGUUAGUAUGUACAAUAAUUAGAUUAAAUUGAGGCCGAUCGAAAGACUGUCCAGUUCGAAAGCCGUGUGAUCACCUCUAUCUCCAUCUGUUAUGCGUAAACAUCGCUGAAAAAUAACUAAUCUAUCUCAACUGUAGAUAUGUUUGAUUAUUAUAUAAUAGAAGGGAGAAAAUUACUUCUCCAAUCCAUGCGAAACAUGAUUUAUUUGUUUAUAAUUUUUUGUAGUUAUAAUUAAUUUUGAACAUUAUCGUAAGGUUUUUAAAAUGUUUGAAAAGAACUAGAAAACAAAUAUCUGUUUAUAUUUGUUUCACUAAUUUUAUUAA